AUGUUAUAAACAAUAUAAGCUAUAUUCGGACUCUUUGUAUUGCUAAAGAUAUUUUACUAUUUUAUUAUGCUAUUCUUAAAAUGUAUUGGCAUAGUGAAAUGGGAAGAUGAAUAACCUCUACAAUAAAAUUAGUUAUAACAAUAAGAAGUACAGAAUCAAUCAAAUGUCUAAAACCAAUAUUAAUAAAUCUAAGGAAAGAAAGAAAAUGAGAAAACCAAGAAGAAUAAAUCAAGUAAAUAGAGAAAAUAGGAGAAGGCAAUGAAAAGUAUGUAAGAGAAAAAAGAAGAAGAGGUGAAGAAUAAAUAAGUUGAAUAAAAGCAAAUUGUCACUUAAUAAUAAAUUGAGUUUCAUAGAAUGGAAAUGUAACGCUUAUAGGAUUUAAAACGAAUAGAGGAAACUCUUCGUUAAGAAUAAAAAAAAGAAAUUGAAAGAUAAGUUCAAUUAAGAAUGGAAGAAUUGACAAAUAAACUGUAAAAUAAAUAGCCUAUGAAAAAGUAAUAAUAAUAAAAAAAGAGUAAAAGAUGAC